AGUUCCGUAUCUCCUUAUCGCAGGCGAAACUCAACUUCACCAGUUGUCAACGCAUCUACUUUUCUUUUUAUGAUUUAGAAAUGACGCGGUGAUAUUUUAUUCUAUAUUCCGAAGAAAAAACUGAUUUUUAUCAAGAUAUGUGCAUACCGUGUGUUACGUAAAACCAAAAACAAAAGGAAAUCAGUAAGGAUUACUUGUUAGACCGAUCAACAAGCGGUUGUUAAAAAAUGUCGACGAUGGAAGGUUCGCUCAGCAAGUGGACGAAUGUUGUUAACGGAUGGCAAUAUCGAUGGUUCGUUUUGGAUGACAAUGCUGGCCUCCUGUCGUAUUACACGAGUAAGGAAAAAAUGAUGCGCGGUGCACGUCGUGGCUGCGUACGAUUAAGAGGUGCCAUCAUUGGCAUUCAUGAUGAAGACGACAGCACGUUUACCAUAACGACGUCAUCUUCUAAAGAUGAUCCAAAGACGUUUCACUUUCAAACACGUAACGGGGAAGAGAGAGAACGUUGGGUCCGGGCUCUGGAAGACACGAUACUUCGACACUCUCACGCGAGAUGGGAUCCUAAAAAGGCACCUCCUAAACACGAUUUUGAUCGCAAAGUGGCCGAAGCCGAUGUUUAUCUUCAACUCUUAAUCGAGCAGAUUAAAUUGAUCGAAGGGAAACAGAGUACGGUCGAGGACGAGGAGCAGCAGAAAAAGUAUACCACUGUCUUGUCGCAAGCUAACGCUAUGCUCAAUUCCGUUAAACAUACCAUUGUCCAGCUACAAAUUGCAAAGAAUACGGCGAUACCGGUUAACGGGAUAUAUAGGGGACCACCGAAUUCCAUACAUGUCUCACCUUCGUUAUCUCGCGUUGCAACUGCAGAACCAGAAGCAACGGUGCAAACUGGCAUUGAAUUGGGUUCGGAAUGCGUGGAGCCAAGAGUGCCCACGUUACCGAAUGUUGUGGACAGGGACCUGCCGGUACCGCAAUUCUCGUAUUCAUCGUCCGACGAGGAUGACGAUUAUUUCGACGCCGCGGACGAAAUACCGUCUCCGCUUGUCCAGAAUCACGUUACGCUGCACUCAGAUAACGGGCGGUUACACUCGCUUGGGGAAAAUGUCGCGGUAGAUAAACGCAAAGAACCACCUUUACCACCCGUCAAGGGCGAUGGAUCAGUUGAUUACGAUGCUCUUUACGAAGAAGAAAGCGAAACGGAAAUGGACUCCAUGGAGAGUCAUGGCUCAGUCGUGACUCAUCUCUUGUCCCAAGUAAAGAUUGGUAUGGACCUGACGAAAGUUGCCUUACCGACGUUUAUUCUGGAGCGCAGGUCGCUUCUUGAGAUGUACGCGGAUUACUUCGCUCACCCUGACCAGUUUGUGAGCAUCGCAGAUAUGCCCACACCCCGAGACAGGAUGGUGCAGGUGAUACGUUGGUACUUGUGUAGCUUUCAUGCGGGACGUAAAUCCGGUGUAGCUAAGAAGCCGUAUAAUCCCAUAUUAGGUGAAAUCUUUCGGUGCCAUUGGAACCUACCCAAUGCCAGUCCUACCGACAAUCCUACAGAUUCCAAUAGCAAGCUUGUAUCGGAUGGUCCCGUACCAUGGUGCAAAGAGAAUCAACUUGCUUUUACCGCUGAACAAGUCUCGCAUCAUCCACCAGUUAGUGCAUUUUACGCCGAGCACAUUGGGAAGAAGAUCAGCUUCGGAGCUCACGUAUGGACAAAGAGCAAAUUCUUGGGCCUGAGUAUAGGAGUACACAACGUGGGCAAGGGCUGGGUGAAUGUGCUGCAACACGACGAGGAAUAUGUUUUAACUUUCCCCAACGGUUACGGUAGAUCUAUCCUCACCGUACCGUGGAUAGAGCUAGGAGGAACCGUAACGAUAAGUUGCGUACAAACUGGCUAUCAUGCGACGGUAGAAUUUUUAACGAAACCUUUUUACGGCGGUAAGCGGAAUCGAAUAACGUGUCAAGCGUUUCAAGCGAGCGAGAAAAAGCCGUUUCUCAUCAUCAAUGGAGAAUGGAGUGGCGCGAUGGAAGCAAAGUGGUCGGAUGGUAGGAGCGAAGUUUUCGCUGACGUGAGAGAACUCUGCACGGAGAAGAAAUUGGUUAAAACGGUGUGCGAGCAAGAGGAAUGCGAGUCACGGAGGGUCUGGCGCGACGUGACGGUCGGUCUACGUAUCAACGACAUGGAUAAAGCUACGGCCGCGAAAUGUGCGAUCGAGCAGAAGCAACGAGAAGAAGCGCGCCUUCGAAAGGAGAAUAACGUUGCGUGGCAGACGAAGCUCUUCAAGGAAACCAAAGACGGUGACUGGAUGUACAUAAGACCUCUUAUCGACAGAAUACGCAAUUCUAGUGAUCAAACGAAUGUUACAUAAUUGUAUACAGUAUACGAUUGUAUUUACGUGACGAGUUUAGUUUUAGCACAAUAUACUAGAAAUCGUGGCCUAAUGCCCGUAAAAGAGCCGUAGUGCCAGGCUUCUCAUUCAGCGUUCACGCACCGUCGCAUUAUCAAAUUAAUAUCUCGAUCGAUACUUUCUUUUCGCCUAUUUUCUUAUGCGUACUACAACGGUACUACACAAUUAAUUUCAUCCAGAGAAGGGAUAACACGCUAUCUAUUACCUCUUAUUACCACUUUUCAAUUAGUUUAAUAAAUGUAUUUUGUCAAUGACACACCGUGGACAUUCAUUUUCAUGGUAAACAAAACGGUUGAUAAUUAAAUGAUAAAUUCACGGAGAGAUAGGGAUACGAUAUAUCGAUAUCGGUAACUCUUCCAAGUACGCAUGCACAUGGAGCACUCGCGUAACGCUCGUUAAUGCCAUAAUUUCUUACGCAUGCAAUUACGAGCGGCGGAUCAAACGCGCGUACAAUUUGCAAAGCUACGAUGUAUACAUACGUCACAUUGUACAGAUUGCACGUUAUAUUGUACGUUUGUAAGAAUCGUUUUACGAUUUACGCAGCGGCUAACGAUUUCGAUUACAUCGAGGCGCAAUCCCCUCGUCUAAGUAUCUUGUUAACGUAUACAUUAUUCCUGACGUGUAAUAAACAUUCCACACUAUG